AUGGUAAUUUAUGUCAAAAAAAUUGAACUAAGGAUUGUAGGGCUUUACCCAAAAGGGAGCCCUUCCAGAAAUUCUCAAAGGCCCAAGCAAAGCCCAGGCCCAAGAGGGGGUUUGGAAAUAGUUUUCAACCAGCAAUAG